GUGCGCUGCGGACGGUGUCGAGGGUAUCGCAUCGCGCAGUAGCCGAGGCGCUCUUCCAUCAUGGCGAAUCCGAGGAAAUUCAGUGAAAAGAUCGCCUUGCACAAUCAGAAACAGGCCGAAGAAACGGCAGCGUUCGAGAAGAUCAUGCGGGAAGUGAUGGGCGCCACCCGAAGCAGCCAUGGUCUGGAUAAUGCACAGGGAUACGGAGCCCAGUACGACUCUGCCUACAUCUCACAAGCGGCGAAUGGCGCCUACCCGAAGCACCAGCUGAGUAUGCCGUCCCUAGGCUCGUACCGGGGCGGCUCGCUGCCCAACGUGAACCAGAUGAGCGGCGGCCAGGGACACAGCAUCGACCUGCAGGGGGCCCUGCACCACCUGGAAGACAUGCGCCACGGCCGGGAGAUGGCGCUGCCCCCCGCAGGGCCCGACCGCCCCCACGGCACCCGGGAGAGGGGCCGCCAUGCUACGGCGCCCCACAAGAGCCGCCAGGCGGCCUUCGACAAGCGGGUUGACGUGUCGCCCUACAGCUCCUCUCUCUACCUCUCCCCCCCGCCCGAUUCCAGCUGGAGACGGACCAAUUCGGACUCCGCGCUGCAUCAGAGCGCGCAGUCGUCGGGAGGGCAGCAGGACGCCUUUGCGGGGGUUGGCAGCUCGUCGGGACAACGCAGAGAUCCCGUGACUGCCCGGGAUCUAGACCAGAUCUACCGAGACUGUCCUGCGCGGCUCGACGGUUUCGGACAGGACACACUGACGCUGCAGGAUGUGAAUAGCUUUGCAAUGGACAUCAUGCACCUCAAGGGGUACUGGGACCCCAAGGGAGGAGGCGGGGGCGACUGCUUUGGCAACAGCAUGCAGGACAUGGGCUGUGACAUUUCACAGCAGCAUCGACCAAAGUCCUGCGAGGUACCUGGAAUUAACAUCUACAUGCCUCAAGACGACGGCGACGGGGGCCCCAUGCCGAGCCCCGGUUCGAACGCCCCCCUGCCCGGCAGCCUGCACAUGCCGGCGGGCCCCAACAUGGGCAACGGGAACACGGGGUCUCUUCCCGACCUGACCAGCCUCCACUUUCCGCCGCCACUGGCCACCCCGCUCGAUCCCUCGGAGGAGCUCGGCGGACAGCAGCAGCAUCCCAGCGGGGGCAUGGCUCCCAUGCACUCCAGGCAAGUGGGCAACGGCUCGCCGGGGGGACCGGGCUCCCCUCAUGGGCCGGGCUCGAGCCCGUCGGGGCGCCGGGGCAGCCCCGGCCCAGCCCCGUCCCCGUCGUCCCGGCGGCGUGCGCACCACAGCUCGACGAGCGUGGUGCUGGGCGGGGGCCGCCACCACGGCUCGCCCGGCCAAGGGCAAGUACGUGUUUCCUCCCCGCACCAACACCACCAUCACCAAAGACCUCACCUACCCCGGAUCACUGUGGAGGGCUUAACGAUGGACACCAAUGCGCUCUCCCUCGAAGGCUACGGAGGGGGAGGUCAUCCAUCUCAACUGCAGCAGCAGCAGCAACAGCAGCAACAGCAGCAACAACAACAACAGCAACAGCAGCUGGGGAUGUACGUUCCCCAGUCCCCGCAGGCGUCCCAGCAGCAGCCGGGGUCGCCGCUGGCAUCUCCCCUGGGCUACCCGCCUUCCUCGCCCGGCCUUCCACAGACCCCGACCAGCCCGCGCCCGCGGCAACUGUACCAGGGCGGGGCGCCCUCUGAGCGCUCCGGGAGUGCCCCGGGAUCCCCGGUGUCCCACGGGGCCUCCUCCUCGCCCACCUCCCCCCCGGGGCCCGUGGGCAGCCCCUACGGCGGCGGCAACGGCUACGGCCGGGCGGGGUCGGCCAUGGGCAGCACCUCUCCGCUCCAGCAGCAGAUGGAGCAGUUCAGGGUAGCCACGGGGGGCGCCGAGGACCACCCGCCUUCGGCCGGCCAGAACCAGUACUUCGUGCUUCCCGACGGGAGGUACUGCAACAGCCAGGGGGUUCCGACGAGCAGUUCGUCCUCGGGCGGAGUCUUCUUCCCAGACGUGGGUGGCGGGGGUAUGGCGGACCCCUUGAGCUGCCCCAUGGGCUACUCCCACGGCUCGCUGUACUUCACGGGGGACAUGCAGUACACGGGGAAGGGGCAGGCGACGGACAAUCCCCAGACGCCCCAGACCCCCACCAGCAUCCCCGACAUCAUCCUCACCGGCCCUGGAGCGGACGAUGCGGCCCUGCUGAAGAGCGCCCUGCAGCAGCACCGCCAGCAGCACGGGCUGAAGAACGACCAGUCGUCCCCGUUGGGCUCCUUCGAUUCGUCGGACCUGUUCUCGACGGAGGAGGCACUGCGGGCGGGCCUGGACCCCAUCGACAUCGACGGGCUGCAGAUCCUGACGGACCCCGACAUGGCGGUGAUUAGCGACCCCGCUGCCGAGGAGGCCUUCCGGCUCGACCGGUCGUAGUGGUCGCCACGGCUAUGGCCGCCCCAAGAGGAGGACGAGGAGGAGGCCCUGCUCCUGCAGGACGGCGACCUGCGGGGGGCGGACGAACUCGCGUCGCUGGUUGGCCCGGCGUUGCGGGAAGACCCCGCCCUCCCGUCCCCGCAGCAGGGGGACACAGCCGAGCCAUCAAGGGGCGGCACGGCCAGCGAGGACCGUCACGACUGAAGCGAGGCGAUCCCCAACAUUCACCGAAAACCGUCGUCGUUGUUGUCAUCCUCGCCACAUCCUCCCCCCCACUCCCUCCCCCACCUCCUGAGACUGAGUCGGGGGUUACCUGCAAACUCCGACCCCCCCCUUACCCAUCUCGUUUUCGGUCCGGGGGCUCUCUGUUCCCGACCCCCUCCCAUCCUGUUUUAUCUCGUGUGGUUCGCGGAGUGCGCGACGACGUGCGCCUUUGACUGAUUGGCGGGCCGCUUUGUAGGCUGUCUGAGGUCUCCAUGAUGGGUCUGGAUGGGUCCGGUUUUUGCGGUGGGUUUGGACGGGUCUUGGGUAAGGAGUCCGGGAUGUGGACGGUUUUGGGAAGUCGCCAUGACGGUUGCGUUUGGAGAGAGACGUGUCUUCAAGUUUUUUCCCCAGACGUGUUUUCGGGCAUCUUUGCGGCUGUCCCAGCCAAAAAGAGGCACCCCGUUUUGGUGACCACCGGCACCCCCGUGAGUUGUCUUCGAGGAGGUGGGCGACGAUUCGUGGCUUGACGGCUCGAACUGCCUGCAGGUAAAUGCCGGCACUCCACUGACUGUCGUCUGUAUUCUUCCUCAGGCACUUUGGGCUCGUUUAAUUUGCCUGCACCAGUGAAGGAAAGUAGAAGGAAAGUGCACCACUUGUGUUUCAAGAUAGGCUCCACUCGUAAGUCAAAACUUACAGUGUGCACCGAGCGUAAUUGGCGUAAGAGGUGUAGGUGAAUCGAAGGUAGCCAGUAAAACUACCACAAAGUGUAAGUUUGGUUGAAGCGUUCUCGAUUCAUGCUGUUCAGAUGAGCUGCGGGUGGAUUAGAACGCGCGACGAUUUGAUUUUCACGAGUGAACGGCGACGUUUCUGCUCAAUGUGGAAUAUCGGCGGACAGACAGCAGAGUGCCGGGGUUGGUGCCACAUUUUGGUUGGAACUUUUUCGACGAAACUUGUGUCAAGUGUCAAGUUGCGGGUUGAAAACGCAUUUGGGAGCUUUGCCUUGUGUUAGUGUGUGUGACGUUUGGGACGUGACUGGUGCAAUUCGUUUAGCGUGCAAUGUAUGUUGAUCGGUAUAUAGUGAGCCAGAGAAUAGUGAGAGUCGGGCUAGUUGGCAAUGAUCCAGAGUAAGAAAGCGGUGCAAUGAGAAUUGGGACAAGAGGAACAAAAUGCUUUCUAGUUGUACAUAUUUCUCUCAUCCUUCUUCUGAUUGCUUUGCUUUUUUUUUUUCUAACUUUGAACCACGAGUUGUGCUUGCCAGGCCGGCAUGCUCGAAACAAAUUGUGACAAAAUCUUUUGAGUGCGUGGAAAAGAGUGAUCACAAGCGAAUAGGUAGGUCGUCGGACCGAAAGGUAAAGACCGAUGCAGAUUUGUGCACUCGUAUUUUCAGUGUUUUCUUUUCUACUCUCUUGGAUAAGACUUUGUCUCGUUUCAUUUCGGACAAGCCGGCCCCAAGGUUGGAGUUGUGGACGACUUUGUACUAGCAGACAGUUUCAGUGGCUGCCGUUUUAAGUGAUACAAGAUCCACUUCUGUACAAGUUGAGGAAGUGUGCCCUAGCUCUCAGAACACCUCUUCAGCAUUAACAGACACUUGCCCUAUGUAUUACACGAGGCGCAAUCCCUCCCGUUUUGAUAGCAGAGCAGACUGCAGUGGCAUUCAGGAAAAAAAUACCAGAGUCAUUAUUUACACUUGCAGACGGGCACACAUUUUACGAAGCAUGUGUUUAUAUGCUGCUGCGUUUUAUUAAGUGUAAUGAUAUGGGGAAUAUUCCCCAAAAGGGAGUAUAUUAGCAACAGGAUGAAUGGAUUCUUCUACAGAAGCGUGGCACAUUUGGUGCUCUUUGUUGCAAUCUGGGAGACAUGUCGGGUGCCAUACGUUGGUCACCAGUGGUGCCACUUGUAACUAGGUGGCACACUCUACUGUGCAAUAUAUUUUAAAAGCAAUGUGAUGCACUAAAUAUAUUUGAUAACUUUGGCUCUGUUUCGUGCCAUCUGUGAAGUGAAAUAUGUAGUGAUCCUGUCGAGCUGGAGCAAUGAGUGGUAGAUGGAUAGAGAGGUGAAUACAUUGAGCCCUUGGAAUUGGUUGGUGGCUCGCGCCACUUAGCCAAUGUGAGACAUUCAUUGUGUCUAUUUUUUUUGGCUGUGGGAUGUCGUGGGUGUGCCGUGUUAUUUAAAGGGGCCACUCGUUUUACGAUUUGCAAAUCUAGCUUUUAACGUGGUUUUAUUAUAGCAAAAACGGGCAAGUCAACAGGGAUUCCGUUCACAAAGAACUGUGGAGGACAUAUUUGCUGUUUGGCAUUACUGGGCGAUUCAGUGAAAUGGCUUAGGCAUAAAUAACAAUGGAUCAAUAGUAUUUUAUUUGCUCUGAGUUGCAGCACACAAAGGUUUAUUACUCAGCGAGAUCAUAAAGCUGCCGGUGCAGAAAAACAAAAUAUAGUUUUCUCUCCUUGUAGAUCAACAAACUUUCUUUAAAAAAAAACCUUGGCCAAAAGUCACAAGCUCUGAGGUCCGAGCCCUUACGUACGAAUCAACUCCUGGUCGUUAGCCAGAGAAAGCCAAACCAGUGCUGAAGUAGAGCCGACGCGAGUCCCGCACUUCGGCACAAUCUUGGCACAGUUUUAACAAAACCAUGAUUUCAAGAAUAAGCGAAAGUCUCGGAAGUGAUGCUGGCUCGCCGCAAAGCCAGUUAAAGCAUGGUGCUUUGAAUCCCGGUCGUGGCGUCGAGAAAGUUCUCGCCAUAUUUUUUGGGGGUGCCGGUGGUUAUCUUCCGCCGAUGGAGGGCGGCAAGUUCGCCGGGCAAAGGGCACGACGACGACGGCACAAGAGUCGUGACGACAACCUUCAAUCUCCUCGAGGCGCUUUUUUUUUUUUUUCCCCUAUGUACAUUUGCUGGAAGUGCUUCGUUUACAUGUCCCCUCCCCGCGGAGUUGGUCCCACGACCCACAUUUCUAUUCUGGUGCGGCGAACUCCGACACGCAACGUCGGGCGUCUCCUCUCUCGAACUGUGGCACACUUUCCCCCGUCAUUAUGUACAUGUACAUACAUUUUUCAGGUUUUUGUAGUAUAUAAGUGUUGACGUUGCGGAGGGAAUUAAGAAGGCUAGUGAAAUGCCUCUGGAUGCUUUUUUCUCGUUGACACUGAUGCCUCUUGCAUUGCUUCUUUUAUUGUGUCUGUGAUUCUCCAUGGGAACAUUAUAGUCCAUUGCAUCGUAAGAUCAGAAGUAGAUGUUCCAUUUCCUGCAUGGGUUUGUCUUCUUCCGGCGUGUUUGGUUUUGCGUGCGCUGGAGUGUCAUUGAAGUUAGAAAGCUCAUGCUGUAGGCGUAGCAUCUACUGCUGUUCUCACGUUGCAACAAACUAUAAAAAUAAUAAUUUUGCUGUUUUUUAUUCUUUCGAGACUACCCGGCAUGAAAGUGCUUGUCACGAAAUGCAAGUGCGUGGCAAGACAUUUUUACAUGAGGCCGAGUAAUUACAGUGCGAAAUCUUAACAGGGUGGAUCAAUUUUAUUGUUUUCCCGGAAAUUUUAUGAUUGUGUGCCUUUUGGAACAGAUUCUUGGGUUUUCUCUUUCCGUUUGCAAAAAGUGGUACUGGAAAGGGACCAUCCGCAAUGUGCACUUUCUCGCCGAAAUUCGUGUGCGACACUGCAGGGAUAUCAUUGUUCCCCUUUCCUAGUGCUGGUGAUAAGUAUGCUCGUGCAGUGUUGCCCACGUCUUGGCGAAACAUUGCACAUGUGAUAUGGCCAUAUUCCUCCUGUUGUGAUGCGAGAGGGAACACAUACAAAUCUGAGGCAGAAUGCCUGACCUCCAAAAUGCGUACAACAUUUCUGCGUCUUUUGGGUGGCACUUUCACGCUGGGCAGUUCCUAAGAAAAAGGAAAAACACCAAAAUUGCCCCAUGUUCCUUCAUGCAGGUCUAGGGUUGGUGGGGCAUGCAAGUUUGAGCCAGCAGAACGUUUGGAAUCGCAUAGUAAAUGAAAUCUGAAACACUGUUUUCUAUUUCUUAUUUGGAUUGCUUAAGUAGCUUUGUAAUGUGGAGCUGCAUUGUUGUCAGCUCCCAAAUUGGUCUAGCCCUCUGGAUCACAUUUCACUAUGUUAGGUUUUGUAGG